AUGAUGGGAGGCAAAGAAUGCAAACUACCAUCAGGAAUGCAUGUGAUCGACACCAAGUUCGGAUGUAUGCUCUCAGGACGACAAACUACUCAGAAACUAGAAGGAAACUGUGACGUACAACAGGUACAUGAAGAAGUCGAUACGAGGGACAACUACUGGCGUAUGGAGUCAUCAGGAAUUGAUGUAAACACCGGCCCGGAAAAGGUGGAGAAACAAAUUAUCGAGGAAAAGGUCAUAAAGAGAUUCAAAGAAACAAGGGUAAGAAAGGACGACGGCCACCACGUACGAUUACCAUUGAAGGGUCAACAUCCUCGUCUACCCAAUAAUAAGAGCAUAGCGAUGGCAAGACUGAAAAGUCUAUUGAAACAGUAUAACCACCAACAUCAACUCCUCCAAUAA